AGAAAAUAAUGCUAUUUAUUUCAAAAGUAAUCGCAGCAUUGGAAAUUAUAACAAUACAUGGAUAUUUCUGUUUUGGCAUCCCUGGUGACAGAGGACUCGUUCUUGGAAUUUGGAAUCCUGCAUCGCUAGCCACCAUCACAGAAAUACCAAGAGCCCCAGCAAGUUAUUUCACAAAUGUCUCGAAGUCUUUAAAUCCAUCAAAUGCGCAGAUAACAAGCAUUGCGUCUGAUGAAAGAAAUAAAAUAGUUUUUAUUGCCGUUAAAUACUCAAUAUAUGCAUUUCAUAAGUUUAACAUAUGGCAAAAUGAAUCAAAGACCUUCACAAUUAGCCUUGCAUAUGAAAGAAAAUCUGCAGGUUUUGGUCAAAUAACAUUUGAUUAUGUUUCCAACAAUCUAUACUGGUGUGAUUCACUUCUAAACUGGAUAGCCAUGAAACCGGCGUAUGGGCAGAAUAAUUCAAUAUACAGAAUCGUUGUUCAAGAUGACUUAUAUCAACCGGAAGGCUUGACUCUAGAUUCAGAAGAUGGAUUGAUGUUUUUCUCUGACAAUGAUCUAAAUCCACGCAUUGAAAAGGCCUCCAUGGACGGAAAGAAUAGAACUGUAAUAGUGCACACCAGUCUGAUACGAAUAUUGGCCCUCUCUGUAGACACUGUCAAUGAUUUAUUGUACUGGGCAGAUUCUGGGAGACAGACUGUUGAGGUCAGCCAUUUUGAUGGAUCGAAUAGAAGAGUGUUGAGACGGAAUAACCAGGUUUCAUUGACUGGGAUUCACUAUCAUCAGAAUAUUUUGCAUGCUGCAAGCGCUGGUUCAAAACAGAUAUUUGGAUUCGAUGUGAAAUCAGGGUCUGUACUCUACAAGUUAACGAUGGCAACAGUACAACCGUUUGCUGUUCAUGUUUAUGAUGCAGAAACACAAAUCUCAUAUGCUGAUCCUUGCUCAUCUCGCCGUUGUCAGCAUAUGUGUGUCAACACUCCUGCAGGAGCCACCUGCCUCUGUGCUGAGGGUUAUCAAUUAUCCACGGACGGAUCUUCAUGCAGAGAUCCCUCCUGGUUCCACAACAAAGGAUUCAUCGUUAGCAACGCUACAGCAUUUUCCAUGUUGGAGGUAAACUCUGUCAAUGGAAGACCAGGUCGGGUUUCUAUCCUUAAGGUGCCCUUCUCUAUUAUUGAAACGUUUGCUGUAGACCCCGAAUCGGAUCUUAUCUAUUUUGUGGACAGUGUUGGUAACAUGUUAAAGGAAUUGAACAUCAUCACUCGACAAAUUAAAACAUUAGCUUCUAUUGAAAAUGCCACAGAUCUGAAUUUUGACUGGAUUGCUAAUCUUCUUGAAUGGAUAGAACCUGCGCAAUCUACAAUACGAGCAUUUUCUAUUAACUCUGGAACGACUUCAGUAAUAUAUUCAGGACUUCAACAACCAACAUCACUCACAGUGGACUCACAUAAUGGAUACCUGUUUUGGCUUUCUGGAAGAACACAAAUAUCAAUAAUGCGAGGAACGUUAAGUAGAGGUCUGGCAGAAACUAUCGUAACGUCAGCAAAUCUACACCACCCAAGCUCUCUUUAUUACGACGUUACAAGCAACAGGAUAUACUGGGUAGACAGAUCAAUAAUUAAAAGCUGCAUGACAAAUGGAUCUGAUAUUAAAAGCCAUGUCAUCACGCUAGGUGCAACACAGGCUUUCGCAUAUAAGGAUUUCUUUGGUUGGAUCAAUGCAGAUAAGAUAUUCUUUACAAGGAAGUCAUCCAUUUCUCGAGAGACUGUGCUGAAUAUUGUACAAAACGCAAAACAUGUUUCCAUAUUUGAUUCUUCUCUGCAGCAGGAUAGAAGAGGUGGCUGUCACAUACUGAAUGGUGGCUGUGAGGAUAUUUGUGUUCCUUCAGAAAAUGGUCGAAAAUGUGAAUGUGAUAUUGGACUACAACUACAAUCAGAUUUAAAAACGUGUGAUAGCAGUGCUUAUUCCACAAAUUUCCUUCUUGUUUCCGAUUAUUCCCACGGUCGAAUCCUUCAGGUUGACAUUAGCACAGGGAAUAUAGUCAAACUACCAAUAAUUGUAAAAACUCCUCCAGGAAUGACAUUUGAUAAAUUGGGAAUGGAACUCAUCUACUCCGUUGUCUCCUCGAAAACUAUUAUGUCGACCACACUUCAUGGAAUGAACACAUCGUUGGUUUAUGCGACAGGAUUCGCUCAUGCAGAACGUUUGACCAUUGACUAUUCAACGGGAAACAUUUACUAUACUGCAGAAGGUUCUACUCCAAAUCAGAGCUAUAUUGGAGUUGUACACAGAGUCACCUUACACCACAGGACUUUGUUUUCAAACAUGCACAGUCCAAGAGAUGUUGUGGUAUAUCCGUCAAAAGGCUUUUUGUACUGGACAGAAUUUGGGAAUAUAACAGAAAUUGGUAGAUCAUAUAUGGAUGGAACGUCAAAAAAGUAUAUAGCAACAACAGAUAUUGGAUGGCCAAACGGUCUCGCUAUAGAUUUUAUUUCCAACAGACUAUACUGGACAGAUGGCCUUCGAAAUCGCAUAGAGUAUUCAGAUUUAAAUGGAGGAAACAGACAAGUUUUAACAACUGAUAAUGACGCACAUCUAAUGAGUAUUGUGAUUCAUGGACAAUAUUUAUAUUACACUGCGUGGAAUAGACAGCGUAUAACAAAGAUAAAUAAAGCAACGGGUUCCAAAGUUACGUUUAUGACAAACCAUCCAGAGCUUGGUCGACUUGAUAGUCUAGAUAUCUAUUCAGGUGAUUCAGUGGAUGGUAAUAGAAUUUGUUCAAAGAAUAACGGAGGAUGCAGUACGUUCUGCUUUCCAACACCAACAGGAAGAACAUGUGGAUGUCAGGAUAAUGUUAAUUUACAAGCAGACCAAAAGACAUGUCAAGGAGUAUCUCGCUGUGACACUUCUCUACAGAAUAUAGAUUUCCAUGACUGUCUUCCAUAUCCCGGCCAAAAUUGUCAGGUUGCAUGUAAAUCUGGUUAUAGGCUUGUUGUCAAUGCGUCUGUUACUUGUGAUCAAUCCGGACAUUGGACUCCAUCCCCAAGUCCUUCGUGCACCGAAAUAUUCUGCACAGCUGUUAUCGACAAUGCCUUGUUAUCAUCGGAAUGCACUCGAAAAGCAGGUGAAUCGUGCACAUUCUCUUGUAAUAAUGGAUAUACCUCAACGACCUCAGGGAGCUUGCUAUGUACAAACAACGGUACCUGGAGUCAGGACACCAAGAAUUUAUGCUUACGUUCUGGUUGUUCCAAAACGAUAAAAAAUGGCCAUUUUAUAAAUUGUCAGUCCAAAAUCGGAGAAACUUGUAGAUAUAAAUGCAAUGGUCUACUCAAGGUCAAUCCAUCUGUUCCAAAUGUUACCUGCUACGAAAGUGGCGAUUGGAGCCAUGAUGCAAAUGACUUAUGCGUAAGAUUAUGCUCAUCAUCAAUCCAGAAUGGAAAACUGGAUAAGGGUUGUCAAAGGAAAAUUGGGAAUGUUUGUCCCUAUACGUGUGACCCUAACUAUAGGUCUUCCAUCUCUUCUUUAAAUAUUGUUUGUACCUUGGAUGGCGCAUGGAAUGAAAACACUGACGAGAUAUGCAAACCUUCUGGAUGUUCAAAGACGAUACCAAAUGGUCAACUUAUAAACUGUCAGUCAAAUAUCCAAGAAACAUGUCAAUAUAUAUGCUACAGUCCUUUGGAAAUAAAUCCAUCUGUUCCAAAUGUCACAUGUAACGGAAAUGGAAAAUGGAGUGAUGAUACAAAUAACCUGUGUGUACAUUUAUGUCCCUCAACUAUCCGGAACGGAAAACUGGAUGAAGGCUGCCAACGAAAUAUUGGGAACAUUUGCUCUUACUCUUGCGACAUCAACUACAGAUCCUCUAUGUCUUCUUCAAAUAUUGUCUGUACAUUGGGCGCCACCUGGAACGAAAACACUGACGGAUUAUGUAAGUCUUCUGGUUGUUCAAAGACGAUACAAAAUGGCAAACUUAUAACUUGUCAGGCAAACAUCCGAGAAACCUGUGGAUAUGAAUGCAGUGGUCUAUUCGAAGUGAAUUCAUUAGCUCAGAAUGUUACGUGUAAUGAAAAUGGAGAAUGGAGUCAUGACGUAAACGAUUUAUGUAUACGAGCAUGUCCUUCGACAAUCCGAAACGGAAAACUGGAUAAAGGUUGUCCACGAAAAAUUGGGAAUAUUUGCUCCUUUUCUUGUGACAUAAACUACAGUUCUUCCCUCCAUUCUUCACGUAUUGUUUGUACAUCGAAUGGAACUUGGAAUGAAAACACUAACAAAUUAUGCAAGCCUCCUGGUUGCCCAAAGACGAUAAAGAAUGGUAAACUCAUUAAUUGUUCGUCAAAUUCCGGAGAGAUAUGUGGAUAUGAAUGUAUCGAUCCUUUUUACAUAAAUCAACUUGUACCAACUAUUACCUGCAACACAGGUGGUGACUGGAGUCAUGAGACAAGCAAUUUAUGCGUAAGGCUAUGUCCAUCAAUUAUCCCUCAUGGAAAACUGGCAUCAAAUUGCGAAAGACAAAUAGGAAACCGUUGUUCAUUUAUUUGUAACAGUAAUUACCAAUCAUCCAUUCCCUCCACAAAUAUUGUUUGUACUUCAGACAGCACCUGGAAUGAAAAUAUCGAUAAAAUAUGCAAAAGAAUAACGUGUCCGCUUCAAAUACCAGAUGGUUUUGUGUCCUCGCAAUGUAAUGGAAAUAUCGGUGAAAUAUGUGAGGUUGUUUGCCGAAAUGAAUCUAAUGCAACCUCUCUUCAGUUAAUAUGCACAUCACUUGGAUCCUGGAACAAAGAUAUAAACAACAUAUGUACACAAUUUACUCGAAACAUUUCCUCACACCAUGUAACUGAAGACAGCUUUGAUACAUAUGUCUUUAUUGGAGCAUCGAUUGCAGGCCUGAUUGUCAUUGGUAUUGUUGCGACUGUUUGUUUCCUGAAGAAAAGAAAUUCAUAUGGGAAUCGUUACGGAAGAUCAACAGUGCAGGAAGAAAACAAUUAUUUGACAAUUAGUAACCAAGGAUAUUUAACCGAAAACGAUAGCGCUGAGAGACAAUUAUCUGCUGAAUACUUCACUAUUAAUGAUCAAUUCGCCUCAGAACAGGAACAAUCACCUAAACAAAUGUAUCUGAAUCCUGUGUAUAAUCUCUAAAUGGCACACACGCACGCAGAGUUUGAUAUAGCCAGACGACAUAUAUAGAAUAUAUCAUUGUCAUAGUAUAUUCAUAUUGUGUCUAAUGGAGCAUGGAUUAACAAAAGAUUAUUGUUGUUAGUAAAAAUAUGAAAAUUGCUUCCUAGACAAUAGUGAAGGGUGUCAGUGACGUAUUUGUGUCAUUUCAGUCAUUAAUGCACAAUUAUAUCGUAUACCCAGAUUAAAGCAAAAGAAUUCCUCGAUUAAAAUAUAUUUCAUAAUUCA